CGUGGUGGUUGCUUUAUGGUACAUGAGCCAUCCGUGAUGAAAUAAAUAAUGGUGAUGAUACCUGGAAAAUCAUCGAGCGCAAGGGUUUGGGAGAUUUUAACAACGUAGCAGCGCGGACGACAGUGCUCCUGCCCAUGUACCCCGACCGAGUGUUGGGCACCUGUCCGUAAAUGACGUAUGGCGGGGCAAUUUAUUAUGCGAAGCCUCACAGAUUGCGGAGCCUUUCGGACUCAACCGCAACUUGUUCAAUUGCAACAGAUACAUGUUUUUCGAGAAAGAGUGAGAACGACUAUAUUCCUGCUGAUAACUUGAGAACUGAUUCGCCUCCAGUAGGAGGAGCUGCUGGAUAACUGGAACCGAAGGAGUUGCUGUUGGUGGCCACUUCGAGACAUUUAUGUGACUUUUUCUACCCCCAGUGGCCGUCCUCAAAAAUUGUAAUAUAAUCCCAUGUUGGGUAGCAGUCGCAUUUCUGGAAUUCAUACACAUUUACAUAUGCAUGCGCUUUGUCCCCCCGUCCGUUUAGGGGUACCGUGCUUCCUGCUGUGUCGUCUUAUGCUUGUAUUGUCGGCCUUGAGUAAACAGGUGAGAAAAGAAGAAAAAUAGGAGGUGACGGGCCUAGACCGAGUCCCAAAUUAUCGCCGAAUGCGGCCUGAGAUGAACAAAAUUUCCCCCUUUUCCUCAUGAGGCCAUAUCAAACCGUUAUCAGCACCCGUUGCAAGUGACUUUUGUUGACUCCUUUUUACCAUCCCCCAUCCCCCAUGCCGAAAUGUCUAUCUUCCCCUUUCUCAUAAAAAAGGAGUAGCUGGAUGAGAUGGGAAAAGGAGCAGAAGAAAAUGAGGGGUCGUGAAACUCGGUCCUUCUGUCCCGCCGCUAGGUGGAUCCAACAAGUCACCGAUAGUAGGUUGUGCCUAGUAGCAUUUGACUCCCUGCAUCCUUGGAUAUGGCUUAUGAUAAGUGUCCUCACUGGAGGGGCGGCUACGAAUCGUAAUGUACUGUACCAGGAGUUGCCGGUAGUGGCGUUAGAUUGGACCGGAACCAGGUCAAAAUAGCUCGUUCAUUUUUUUUGAUGGACCAGCCUGUGGAGGGGCUGUUCUUUUUCUCUCUCUUUAUUUUCCCCUUAUCUUUUUCUUUGUUGACACAGAAAACAGCUCUCAAUUGCUCCAAGGUGAGUUUUCGUGUCUUGUAAUGAUAUGCUGUGACCCAGCACACAAAGUCAGCAAAUGUAGCAGACAGAAUUCAGGAAGAUGUAUGUAGUAUCAUCGCAGUCCUACCCCGUACCCAAGAAAUGAUACUUGAAUAAAUAUUUGCCCCUCAUCACAUUAAUAGCUUCCGCUUUGGUCCACCUGGCAGCUCUCCUCAGUUUCCUGCACCUUGUUGAAGGUACAGAAUGUGACGUUGGUGGUGGCACGAAUUCCAGGCCAAAAGUAAGAGAUCCACAAGCCACGGUGGACGAACUCGAAAGUGAAUUCUUGCCUGAGGAGUGAAAGAAGAGACCCCAGUAAAUAAUGACGGUCGGUCCUGAGUGAGAUAGAUAGGCUUGGUUGCUCCAUAAUUACUACUAGUUUCCUUCCUCACUGCUGUUCAAUUCGCUGUUGUUUGUCUGCGGCUGCUCUCCUGAUGUUUGUUGCUCUUUCUUGGUGUUGCUUGCUCCCUAGUAUAAAUAUCUCCACCCCCCACCACAACCUCCAUUCCCCAUCCCCUCCUUCAACUCCUUAGAUACCAAACAAACCACCACUACGUUCACCACCUACGUCUAAGUUUCCUUUUCCAAUAGAGGACCUCCGUUUAUAAGUAAAACUACCUCCACUACCGCUAUAAUGCCUAAGAUCACAACCAUUCUGUUUGACUGCGACAACACGCUUGUUCUCUCGGAGGAACUCGCUUUCGAAGCAUGCGCAGACAUCGCCAACGAGAUCCUCGAAAAGCAUGGCAUUCCUGACCGCUACACCGGUUCCCAGCUCAUCACCGACUUUGUUGGCCAGAACUUCCGCGGCAUGAUGCAGACCCUGAAGGCCAAAUUCAACUUCAACCUCUCGCAAGACGAGCUCGAAGCCUACGUCAAGGAGGAGGAGAACCGCGUCAUCGCGAAGCUAGAGGCCAAGGCACAGCCUUGCGAAGGUGCCACGGAGGAAUUAGUCAAACUACACGCUUCAAAGAAAUACGAUCUGGCUGUCGUUUCGUCCUCUGCUCUCCGACGCGUGAGGGCUUCUAUCAAGAAAGUCGACCAGGAACGUUUCUUCAACCCAGACCACGUCUUCAGCGCGGCCACUUCCCUCCCCGUCCCAACCACCAAGCCUGACCCUGCGAUUUACCUACAUUCUCUCAAAAUCCUCAAUAAGACUCCUGGCGAGUGCGUUGCCAUCGAGGACAGCAAAAGUGGUGCGCUGAGUGCCAUUCGCUCUGAAAUCCCCGUCAUUGCCUACGUGGGCUGCUACCACGGAAAGGAGAAGCAGGAGGAAGUUGCGAAGACCCUGCUUGAUCUGGGUGCAAAGGUCGUGAUGAGACAUUGGUCUGAACUCGAAAAGUGCAUCGCGGAGAUCGACGCGUUGUGAACCAGGGCAAGGAAAUCUCAAAUCACCCAUUGGCUACCCUGUUUCAUUCCGCAUCGCCCAAUUUCAUCUCUGCCAUAGCAUCACUUUUAUCCUUUUCUGUUUUUAUGUCUCAGCAAUGAAUUUACGAGGGAAUAACGGGAACACCUGAAAGCAUUGGUCGUCUGGAGCGAAAUUUGCGCGCUUUUUUAAUGUUCUAUUUCUUCAAGUUUCUUUCUUCUUUAUCAUGCAUUUGAUUCCCUUCCUACGAAAUUAUCCCCCUAUCUGCCCUGUUCCUCAGGCUGUUGAACAACAGCUACACGCUAAACGGACCACAUAUUUGCUCCCGAGAGACGACGUCUAGCUGUUUUAUUCUUGUAUCCCCCGGAAAGAUCUGGGCCCCUUCUGCUAACCCAAAAAAAAAAAAAUACAUUUCACGGAAUACUCCCGGGCCACUCGCCCUUGGCACCAUAGAUAGGUAGACAGACACAAUGCAUAGGCCAUGAUGAUAGUGAUACCAAAAUAAUAAAAAAAGAAAUCUUUUUUUUCUUUACGUCAUUCUUCGGGCUCCUUUUGUUAUGUUGAAUUCCUAAACAUUUAAUUUCGCUCGUUGUAUUCCACCAUUUCUUUUCAAUUACUCAUUGCCAUUGAACGUCGGUUAGGUUAGAGCCACUUGUUGACAUACGUAAUAUGCUUUACACGGAUGCACAUGGCGUAGCAAUAUUUUCCUUCACAGAGUUUAUUAUUCAUAGUUAACCCGGGCAAGAGCAAGGAUGGAACGAGGAAGAAAUUUUCUCCUCAAGAAUGAAAGGAAUAUGGAAAUGAAUGCGGAAGCUUAGCAGCUAGAACGGGGGGAUUUUCGAGAUUUGGUAGGUCUAUUAAUAGGGCAUCGGCCUGUUACAUAUAAUUAUAUCAAUUUUUAGAUAUUGACAUCGGUCAGGGGUAUCAUGCUCUUGAGUGCUCAAACCUAUACUGGUACCUAAGGCAGCUUUUAAAGAAAAUAGAUUGACUCCAAAUUUAUAUCACCCAGGGGCGCUAUGUAAGCGGUGAAGGCCAGAAAGAACGAAAGAGAAAAAGAAAAAGAAAAUAGAGCCGAAAUAUUCGAAAGAAAGGGUACAUGUUUGUUCAAUUCAUCCCGCCCUCCCAACAUCAAUCCCAAACCUCUCACUAACAUGCUCCCCCCUUUCAUCCGUCCACUUCCACUUCCACCACCCCAACCCAAACAACAGCCCCUGCCUCUCAAGCAUACUCCCCAACUGAGUAUCCCCCAUCCUCUCAGCCCCAGCCGGCAAUAAUCUACCACCGCCACCGCCACCGCCACCACCACCACCACCACCACCACUCUCACACAGCUCACUGCCAGCCAACAGACUCAUCGUCCCAGCGAUAGAACACGGGUUAUGAGGGAGGGUUUCGCGGAGCCGCAUCCUGAGCACGGCUAGAGAUCCUAGGACGAUCAUUAUGGCCAGCAUGAGCUGGAGAGCGAGUUUGGGGCCCGGAUUGAGUUUUAGACGUGGUGUUGUGCUGUGGAGCGUGCCUGUAAAGUUUUGUGGAGGGGUGAGAGCGGAACCAUCAUCUACAUCGUCAUCGUCAUCGUCGUCGUCGUCAAUAGAUUGCCGCCGUGGUUUUGUUUCAAGGGUACUACUUCUGCUGAUGGGUUUGCGCAAGCUUAUUCGCGUUUGCCGCGCCCAUUAAUGACUCGGGAGAGACGCGACUAUUUGAUCCGUAUAUGAUAUCAUUGAAGAUGCUGUCGUAUGUCUCUGGGGUGGAGGGCUUCCCGCCCUUCAACGUACUUCUACUGCGAGUAUCCAGAAGCUCCUGCACGCGGAAGGAAAAUGAAGAAAACCCAUCCGUGCCGUUAGUCAGUAACUUUAGUGGUCCCGUGUCGUUAUAUUUGGGCGGAUGUGCCGCGUCAAUAAACCCUGAACUUGGAUCUCGAGCGAAGGUAACCUCGGUGGGGAUUUCUUGGAUUUCCUGGUUGCAGAUGGCAACCGUUAGAUUGGCUGGUGACGUGUGGUUGGCGCGCAUAUAGCCAAAUACGAUGCCGAUGGAUGGGCAACCAGAGGGAUUAUCUGGCCGUUCCCAUAGAUGUACAUGAUGAGCAGGGUCUUGCGGUAGGAGAUACAGGUCGAAUAGAGAACCAAUGUAGCCUCCGUCUGCUGAAGGGUCGUUGACUUCCGGAUUUGUAAGAUUAAACUCGAUUGAAGUUACAUUUUCAGGGAGACUAGCAAGACAUCUAGGCGGCAGCUUUGGGCGCACGCUUGUGGUGGUAAUUAUUCGGUUGCUCUUUGGGUCCGAACCGUUUCCAUGAUAACUUUUCAGGGAGAUAUCGUCUGCGGUGAGAAGUUCGCAAUUCAGCGACGGCCUUAGUGAUGGAAGAGUGAAUAUAUAAGUAAUCGGAUUCUGGGACGCGUCUUUGUCCCGAUCCAGGAUCUCAGAGCGAGUAUUCGGUGGGUAAACGUGUAUUUUUGGCAAUACAAGUUCAUUCCACGUCCACGGCGGGGUGGUCAGGUUGUGAUACUGAAGGAGCCGAAAGACUAAACCGGCAUUCCAAGCAUUGGAGCUGUAGU